AUGGCGUUCAACAACAACAACACCACCUCGGCCGCUGUCCCCCACAAGCCCACUAUGGGUGAGAAGAUCUCCGGUACUGUCGACUCCUUGAUCGGCAAAGCCACCCACAACCCCACCAAGGUCGCCGAGGGCGAGGCCAAGAAGACUGGCGAGCCCCUCCACGGUGUCCACGCCGGCGCUUCCGAGGCCAUCCACGGCAACAACCACGGUUCGGGGCUCACUGGCAACAACAACCACGGCUCCGGACUUACUGGCAACAACCACAACUCCAACUCGGGCGUCCUCGGCAGCAACCACGACAACCACAACUCGGGCGGUAUCCUCGGCGGCAACCACAACUCCAACACGCACUCUGGCGGCCUGACCGGCAACAACCACUCCGGUACCGGUCUCACUGGCAACAACCACUCUUCCAACUCGGGCAUCCUCGGCGGUAACAACCACAACUCCAACUCGGGCGUCCUCGGCGGCAACCACAACUCCCACACCGGCACUGGCCUCACCGGCUCAUCCCACACCGGCGGUCUCACCGGAUCGCACAACGACCACUACGCCGGCGAGCAUACCCACGGUGCUCCUCUCGUCGGCGGUGCCCACACCGGUCAGCACCAUGACUCUGCCCUUGGCCAUCACUCCCACUCCACCACUGGCGCUGGCGGUCUUACCGGUGCUGGCUCGCACAACAACCACGGUACCCACGGUGCUGACCACACCCACGGUGCCCACGGUGCCGACCACCACAACAAGCCCACCAUCGGCGAGAAGAUCUCAGGCGGUAUGGAGUCAAUGGUCGGCAAGGCCACCAGCAACCCCGCCAAGGUUCACGAGGGCGAAGUCAAGCGCACCCACGACCCCAUGCACGCCCAAGCCGCCGCCGCCAACGUCGGUACCGACUCGUACGGCAACCACCAGACCGGCGCCCUCGCUCCCGGCCAGCCCGGCUCCCACACUGCCGGCGGUCUCGGCCAGAACGCCCAGACCGGUUCCGGAGCCUUCCACAACAACCCCAACACAGUCGGCAACAACAACACUGGCGCCUUCGACAACACCAACACUGGCAACAGGUACUAG